GCGAUAUGUUCUCUCCACACAACAGUAGGCUGGAAUCACGGCAAUGCAGCAAUGUUUGAGAACAGCAGAUACGUAAAGAAAAAACGCCUAUUUUAUGGGUUAUAGAACCGGACAGGCAGAACCACACAGCCUAGCAGCUGGACUCACUCAAAGACCUCCAGCGGUACGUUGAUCUCAUGAAGCUGUUGACGGCAUUUCUCGAUGUCUUGCAGUCCAGAUAUCAUGAAAUUUCUAAAAGGAAAAUGAGCAGAACAGCCGCCGCAGCGUUUCACCGGUGAGAACAGCCUGGCUGAAGAAGGAUUACCGGGGGCUGGUUUGUCCUGGGCUGCAUUAAAGCUGGAGCCGCCGCAACUGCAAGCACAUCAAAGGCUCUCCUUCUGCUCCUCACUGCUGCUCCCACCGACGGCAGGCCUACUGGAUGGUGGAAUCAUUUCUUCUUUUUACACACAGCGGGAUCGGUGUCCGGUCCGCAGGACGAGACAUAAACGGACAUUUACUACUCCGAAUUUCACCCGUCUACGUCGAGCCGUGUCGAGAUGAUGCACUGAGGAGAACACAGCACAGGCUCCCCGGUUGAUCAUCCUGAGGCUGCAGUGAACGGAGGGGGGAUUGCGGUACAACAAGGUUAAUAAUCAGCAUCAAUACAGGUCUUCUCUGUGAUCGGGAGCCGACUUCACAGAGCGAUUCUUGCCCCUGUGCGGGGGGUCGGCGGAGAAAUAUAGAUCUAUAAAAAUUAUGGCCACCCUACUGCGGAAGAUCGGUCUGAUCCGCCUGCACGACCGAGACACCGAGGACCCAAAGCACCACCAGGGCUCGUUAAAGGGGACCAAAGGGAACCAGAAAAACAACGCCAACAAACACUGUCAGACCGCGAACGAAACCAACAUCCUGAGCACCCCGGAGAUUAAGGCGAGGAAGCUGGACCAGCACGGCAAGGACAAGCCGUCCGGCAAGGAUAAGCAGGGCAAGGAUGCGAAGGAGAAGCAGCAGACGGGAGGAGGCGGGAGUAAAGCGACCAGUGCCUCCUCGAUACCACCGCUGGCGCCACACCGGCAACACUGCACCCAGGUCCGGACGCGGAGGCUGAUGAAGGAGCUACAGGAGAUCAGGAGGUUAGGGGACAACUUCAUCACGGUGGAGCUGGUGGAGGACAACCUGUAUGACUGGAACGUCAAGCUGCACCAGGUGGACAAGGACUCGGCGCUGUGGCAGGACAUGAAGGAGACCAGCACCGAGUUCAUACUGCUCAACGUCACCUUUCCCGACAAUUUCCCCUUCUCGCCGCCGUUCAUGCGGGUCCUGACCCCCCGAUUGGAGAACGGCUACGUGCUGGACGGCGGGGCCAUAUGCAUGGAGCUGUUGACCCCCCGCGGAUGGUCCAGCGCCUACACGGUGGAGGCGGUCAUGCGGCAGUUCGCGGCCAGCCUCGUAAAAGGACAGGGGCGUAUAUGUAGGAAAUCAGGGAAGUCCAAGAAAGCGUUCAGCCGCAAGGAAGCCGAGGCCACCUUCAAGUCCCUGGUGAAGACCCACGAGAAGUAUGGCUGGGUGUCCCCGCCCGUGUCCGACGGCUGAGUGCCCGGCCUCCGACCUUCCGACACCCGCGCUAGCCGGACAAAACCCAGCUAGCCCCGACACGCAAAACGACACACCACGCUAACUCAACUAUCUCUCAUCUUCACCUUUCGCUGUUUCAUUUCAUUUUUCCUUUUCAGUUUUGUGUGUCUGUGUUGUUAUUUCUUGACAAUUUUUUGUCCUCAUUUCCGCCGAAAACUCUCGGAGAGCAGACACGCCAUCACGAUGUCACUACUCCACCAAGAAAGCGACUUUCGUUCCCCUCCCUCUCACCCAGGGGGGUUCUUUCCCCUAUUUCGGAAAGACCUGAGAGGGAGGUCUGUGUGUGUGUGUGUGUGUGUGUGUGUGUGUGUGUGUAGAUGUUUGUCACUACAUUGAACAUCAGCUGGGAGUGUGUGCACGUGCAUCGGAGUGUGCGUUACUGUUGGUGGAUUUCUUUUGUCUUUUUUUAACGCACACCCAUGCAUGUGCAGUUGGAUAAAUCGGACAGUGGGGACUGUUCCACCCAUGUGAAAGACUACUGAAUGAAGGAGACUCAUCCCCCUUUUCUUGUGCCCGCAAUCCCACCCUCUCCUCUCUCUCCACCCCUCGCUCCCUUCUUCUCUUUAGCACUGAACUGGCGUCACUUCCCACCGUCUCUCUCUGUAGCUGUCGGGUCAUUUACAUAUAAAUGAAGCUGUUAAUGUUUAAUAGACGGGCAGCGCACUGGCGUUUAUGCUCACUCAUUCAAUCCUUCAUUUCCCAUUUCUUUCGACUGUGCCGUUGCUCACAGUUCAAUGCAACAUGAAGAUUGUAUUUUACAUGGAGCUGUGCUCUCUCUCUCUCUCUCUCUUUAUUUCGCUCGCUCGUUCACUUUGUUUCUCUCUGUUUCUCUUUGUUUCUCGCCAUCUCUUGUGGCUAAAUUUAGAGCUCACUGUUGCAUCGAUGGAUAUUGAUUUCUAAUGGAGAAAUUAGUCACAUGUUGCUGUAUGCAGAGCCUAUGUAUGAUAAAUAGAUUGACAGUCAAUCACCUCUUUUUCUCUCUCUACUCUCAUGUUAUUGUGUGUGUGUGUGUGUGUGUGUGUGU